GCCCACAGUUAGUCUUAAUUUAUAUUUUAUGUGACAAUCAAUCGAUUCAUGAGGAAUGGACCAAAACAAUACCUAAGGUAAAAGGUAUAUACACACAAAUCGAACCGAUUUGUAAAGCAUUACAAAUCGAUCAAAAAUAUUGUGAUCGAGCUAUGAUCUCGAUAAGUUUUAAUAGAAUUGAUCCAUUAUUUAUGUAUACACAAUUGUUAAAAGAAGCACUUUUGCAAAUAGAAGAUGAUGAUGCAAAAUCGAUUAAGGAACUCGUUGAAUACUGUCGUCUUCAAAGCGAUGCUUCCGAAAAAACACUUGAAAAGAUUGAAGAAGAAUAUCGUAAUCAUUCACCCAUUUGGUGGUACACAGGUCCAUAUUUUAUCUACUCAAUGCUUAAUUGUGGUCUUCGACAAAUGGAUGUCGAUAUUAUCCUGAAGAUGGGUUUCUUCAUCCGUCAUUUACAUCAACAUAUUAAAGAAUUACAUCGUGAACAACAAGGGAACAUGCCAACAAAUUUUCAAGUCUUCCGUGGACAAGGUUUGUCCAUGGAAGAUUUUGAAAAAAUGAAAAAAACCAAAGGAGGACUUAUGUCCUUCAAUAAUUUUCUGUCAACAAGUCGCAACCGUGAGAUAUCUUUCAACAAAUUUGCACGACCAGCAGCGUUAAAUACAAAUUCAGUUGGUGUUCUCUUCAUUAUGAACAUUGACACGGCUAUUUGCACAAAAUCAUCAACACCAUUUGCUGAAGUAAGAAUUGAAUAUGACAAAUAUUAUUUUGAUCGAUUUUAA